AGACACCACUCCUCUCCCAGUCUCUGUUACUCUUUGCAUCGCGCUGUCACAGUCUGCACAUCAGCACCGGUCUAUGGAAAUGGUCGUUUACUAGUUUUUUUUUCGAGAAUGCUUUGAUAUUUUUAGCAAGAUGUGGAAGGGAGCUUUUGUGUUGUACCUGCUUCUGACAGUGGUGAAGAUCGUUUGGGCCAACGCAGACGUGUUCACUCCUCAGAACUGUAGCUUGGACUGUCUCCGCCAGGGGGACCCCCAGUGUAAAUACUGCAGGAUUACCCCAGGUGAUGUGCGAAAGGCCCUUGGCUCCACAGCACUAAAAACACUGGGAAGUUGCAUUCCGUGGCCAUGUUUUGAGCUGGUGGGAAAUGAAGACCCAAACAUCUGCCGUCACUACAUCCACGCACCCAACAACGUAACUGUAGAAACAGUGGAGGAUCCAGACCCCAGCUCGGACUCUGUGGUCGUCUCCUGGAUUCCCAGUCCCUAUGGCAUUGCUUUCCUGCGAGGCUUUCAGGUGUCCCUGCAGGCCCUGGGAGGAUCCAGUGUCUACUGCCAGCUCUUCCUCUUUCACAGUAACCUGUCCCUCCCUGCAUCACACGCUCAAAAGGUUUACAAAUCAGACCCUUUCCGAGGCCUGCCCCUGGACUCUCAGUAUGCAAUUACAGUCAUGGCCCUGCCUGUACCAGAGCAGUGGGACCGGUUCUAUCACAGUACCACCUUCUGCACUCGCUCUUGUGCAGAGAAGAAUGGGCUUGAUAAGUGCAAAAGAGAUUGGUAUCCUCAGCAUAUCAGCAUUGAACAGAAUGGGACGACUGCUGCAGUUACCUUUAACCUGGCCCCAGAGAGCCUGGACAUUAGGACCUACUUCUCCAUUUGUUAUAUAAACGGAAUAAAAAAACAGGCAAACAAAGUGGAUAUCACACCGAAUCUGAGCACCAACAAAACUCACCACACAUUCAAGCUCCAAGACCUUCAAGAGGGAACCAACUACACUUGUGAGAUUGCAGCAGACGAGAUUGACGCUGUGAGGAAAACAUUUACUAUCCAAGUUAAAGAACCAGACUCUGCACUUUCCACCUCCCCUGUGGCUCUGCUCCUCCCAUUGGCUCUGGCUCUUGCUGCUAUAAUCAUAGUCAUAGUGGCAGCUUUUAGUUUGACAAAAGCCAAGAUGAAAUUGUUGAAACUGCCCAUUGUACCAGAUUUUGACAUGAAGGAGCAUCAAGAGAGUAAAAGUCAAGAAGAAGUGAUAUCAUGGCCCAAGACCAGAACGUCUGCUCCCAAGCUGCUCAUCUGCUACAGCAGUUCUGAAGGACCUGCUCACAUCAAGGCGGUCAUGAAGUUAGGCUCCUUCAUUCAACAGCACAUGGCCACACAGGUUUGUCUGGACCUGUGGGACUCCCUGAGUGUAGCACAGGAGGGCAGUUUGGCCUGGCACAGCCGUCACAUUCAGGACUGUGACUUUGUGUUGGUUGUGUGUUCUCCUGGACUGAGCCAUAGACUGGGGACUUCAGAGUUCAAAGAAAACCCAGAGGAGGAGGAGGAGUCCAGCUGGGAGACUGCUAACUCCUGUGCAGAGGCAGCCAUCGGUCUGAUCGGAGCUGAAGUGGGCCGAGCUAAAGCUAGGGGACAGGAUCUGUCCAAAUACAUGGCUGCCAUUUUUGAGUACUCAGAAGAGACAGACAUUCCCACAGAGCUGAGCCUUGUGUCUCACUACAUUCUGACCACUGACUUACCUUUGCUCUUCUCUCACCUGCACGGAGUGCCUCUGCACCGGCCUGGGGGCUACCUGAAGAUCAGCCACAUUUCAGAGGAAGGUUUCACCAAACUGCCUGCUGGGGUAGCUUUACAAAGCGCCAUCUGUGAGGCUGCAGAGGUAAUGAAGGCAAGAAGAAUGGUGCAACAGUAAAUGUUUCCAUUUCUAAGCUUUUUUCGGUAGUUGCCAGGGCACAGUGCUUUUAGGGUGCAUGAAUGUAUACCUGCAAUAAAGUGAAAGAAAUAUAACUUUUGUACACUUUUGUACAGACUAGAUACCCUGACAACUACACUUUGAAGUAUACUCACUCACUCUGGUUCACAGGAAGGAUUAUAUAUAAAAACACAGUGAAUGUAGUAAGUAUUUAUCAUUUGCAUGUCAGUUAUGUUAAAUGUUAUGUUAAAUUAUGUAAGUCAUGUGAAUAAAAGUUAAUAAAGUACCUUGAAGUAUUACCCUUAAAGUUUAAGAAUGCAUCUAGAUACUAUAUAUUGAUCUAGCCUAUUACUGCAUGUGUUGGUAUCUUGCAAAUGAGGUUUGGAAGAACAAAUAUCAUUAGUUGUAUUAUUAAACAGGAAUGGACUAAAUUAGUUGUAUUACCUUCUCGGUUAUUUAUAUUAGAAACAGUCCUAGUGGAACAAACAAACAAAAAACAUAUUUCUAAUAAAAAAUAGUAAAGCAUUAGAUGACAGUCUAUUGGAUCAUGUAUAAUAUUGUUUUGUGUAUUGCAUUUUGUACUUCUAUCGAAUCUGAGUGUAAUAUUACAUGCCUUUGUUUUUGUUCACAUUGUGUUUGUUCAUAUGCACUGUUUAAUUAAAUUGAAAAAUAAAUAUCUAAAUGUC